AUGAACAGCUGUAUGACGCUUAAGACCCACCAGUUAAGUAUUGCAAAUUUUGGGCCCUAUGUGAUGGAGCUGCUGAAGGGAAUGCCAUUGCGCCGUACUUUCCUGGCUGUCACCCUGAACCUGCUGGCUCUCAGCCUCUCCACCACUGCCUUGCUUGGCAGCUACUGGUGCACCGGGACCCAGAAAGUGCCCAAGCCUUUGUGUGGGAAGACCAAAGCCACCCAGUGCAUUGGUGUCCCUAUGCCGUCUGAAGCAGAUGCUAGCAAUGCUUCAUCUGAGGAUGUGGUGCACUACAGCUGGGAAACUGGAGAUGACCGCUUUGCCUUCAGAUACUUCCACACAGGGAUGUGGCUUUCCUGUGAAGAGAGCAUGGAAGGGCCAGAAGAGAAAUGCCGCAGCUUUAUUGAGCUGUCACCACCAGCAGAGAGAGGAAUCCUGUGGCUGUCACUGGGAUCAGAGAUGCUGUACAUUAGCUUGCUGCUCAUCAGCUUCAUUCUCCUGAUGGUGGAAAUGCUGCAUACUGGCAAUCCUGUCUGUGGGUUGAAGCUCAAUGCUUUUGCUGCUGUUUCUUCAGUGCUGUCAGGUCUCCUUGGGAUGGUGGCACACAUGAUGUACACUCAGGUCUUCCAGGCAACAGUUAAUCUGGGACCAGAGGACUGGAGACCACACACAUGGGACUAUGGCUGGGCAUUCUACAUGGCCUGGGCCUCCUUUACCUGCUGCAUGGCCUCUGCUGUCACCACUCUCAAUACCUACACCAAGACGAUCCUGGAGUUCAAAAGGAACCACAUCAAGGGCUAUGAUGGGAGCUUCAAAGAUCAGUCUCAGCACCACCAGUGCUUCAUACAGCAAAUAAGCAGCUAUUACGAGCCCAAAGGCAAGGUCUUCCAUUCAGUCUCUGAAGGAGUCGACUUCUACACUGAUCUGCAGCAGAAAAUGCUACAGCGGGAACCAGAUCUGGAGCUGGAUGAAGUCUUGGGACAGACAAUGGGGGAGGAUCGCUGUUAG